CAUAUCAGCAGUGAAAAUAUAGCUGCAUCGACGUAAUUUGGGAAUUUAGAAUUGUUAGUGAAGUGAACAGACACUCCCAAAUAAAUAUUGAAAGAAAAUAAAGUACACGGUUACAGAGAAGUCGAAAAUAAAGUGAAGUUUAUAGAUGGGAAACGUAGAACGAUGGGAAGGCACAAAGAAAUCACGUUUGUUACAUCCCUCAUAGAAGGUUUCAAAAUGGAGUAGAUAUUCAUUUGUUGUUGUUCUUAGAAGGCAACGUGUGUGUUUUGUUUAUAAAUCUGCUGAACGCAUAUCGAUUGGUCAGUGCAAUAACUGUACUAUUGUUCAAGAAGUGACAGGACUGCAAAAAUUGUCUGCAGAUAUUGAAAGAAAAAUAAAAGUCACUGGUACUGGAUGCUGGAUCUAUGUUUGACCUUAAAAUAUUUUCAUUCAGUCAUCGAUGUAAGUGAUGUGGAUCUGGAGAAGUGAAGUGGUGCACGCCUUCUCCAACGUUAAUAGCAUGCACUGGGAGUCUUCAUGGUAAUAAAAGCUGUUCAUGUUGGAACGGUGGGCAGCACCGUGGCAGGCAUUUGGCUGCUGCUACUGGCGGGGCUGUGGGGGCGCGCUUCUGCAGGCAUCCUGCUGGCGCAGUACCCAGGCCCCGACGAACCCCCGAUGCGUUUUUGGCACAUGGUCAUCGAUCACAAAACUCAGAGGGUCUUCGUGGGGGGCACAAAUCGCCUCUUGCAGCUCGACAGUAACCUAAGGUUGGAGCAUCUAGUAACUACAGGCCCAAAAAACGACAGCCCUUUGUGCCAUGCGACCGGAUGUAAUGAUGCAGGCAUAACAUUGACAUUGAUGGAUAACUAUAAUAAAAUACUACUCAUUGAGCCGGAUUCGGGAACGUUAAUAUCUUGUGGAUCCGUAUCUCAGGGUGCUUGUUUCAAAUACAGACUGAACAAUUUCAGUGCUGAACCGCAGUACAUUCCAAAAAGUAUAGCAGCAAACGAUGCUAAUGCUUCGACCUAUGCCUACAUAGGCCCCAAAAACUAUAACCUCUGGAGUCGUUCGAAUAUUCUUUACGUAGGGACCACCUUUACCAAUAAUGGGGAGUUUCGUCAUGACGUGCCAGCAAUAGCAAGUCGGGAUUUGGAAACAUUAGAAAUCGCCGAGUUAACUUUUAGUAAACAAUCCCAGUUGAAUAUUGAUGUUAAAUAUCGAGACCAUUUCAUUGUACAGUAUGUAUACGGUUUUAAUGCUAGUGAAUAUGCAUAUUUUGUUAUUGUUCAGAAGCAAUCACAUUUACCUGGCCAAGAGGAACAGGGAUAUGUUUCUCGUUUAUCAAGAACUUGCAUAAAUGAUGCUAACUACGACAGCUACACUGAAGUAACGUUGCAAUGUGUAGAUGCUGAAACAAAAUAUAAUUUGGUGCAAGAUGCCAAGAUAACACUGGCUAGAGAAGAAUUGGCAACUGCCUUAGGAAUAACGAUAGGAUCUCCUGUGUUGGUAGCUAUUUUCAGACCUUCCAAGGGAAUAACUAAUGAACCUCAAAACCAAUCUGCAUUGUGUCUGUAUCCGUUAAGAGACAUCGAGGGUAAAUUUAUAGAAAACAUACAUAUGUGUUUUAAUGGCAGCGUAAAGUAUCGUAACAUGGGAUAUGUGUCAGGACCUAUUUUAGAUGGCAAAUGUCCCAGCAGUGGGUCUGCUGGAAAUAUUCCUAACUUCUGUGAAGUUGGUCUCAAAAUAAGUGGAGUUACACCUUUGGUAACUACGGCAGCGUUAGCUUUUCCGAAUGUUUCGCUAUCUGCUGUGGCAACUGCAUCGACAGGAAGACAUGUUAUGGCAUUCCUUGGCACUUCUGACGGGAAAAUAAAGAAAGUUCUACUUUCUGGUCCAGAACCUCCAGAAUAUGAGGAAGUGGUCGUUGAUGAAGGUAAUCCAAUUUUGCCAGAUACGACUUUAUCGCCAUCUGGUGAUUACCUUUACGUGCUAUCCACAUCCAAGGUUUCAAAAAUUAAUGUAGAGCAUUGUAGCACGUACACUAACUGCUCUUCGUGUCUGGACUCAAAAGAUCCUUAUUGUGGGUGGUGUUCCUUGGAGAAAAAGUGUACGGUUCGCAGUGCCUGCCAAAAAGCUUCCCACAGCGCACCUCGAUGGCUUUCUCUUGGAACUGGCCAACAAUGCAUUGACUUCGAACAAGUUUUACCGGAACGUAUUCCUAUUAAUCAAAUGACGAAUGUUCGUUUGACUAUAAGAACUCUUCCCGCUCUUCCACCAGGGGCCAAGUAUAAAUGUGUUUUUGGAAAUGCUGAACCUAUUGAUGCCGAAAUGACUGAAAGCGGUCUAUCUUGUUUCACUCCAGAAAUAUCUAGACGUCCACGAAUACCUCCGAAAAUGGAUCACGUUUUGGUCCCUCUAAGUGUUAGAUCUUCUGAAACAAAUAAAGACUUUGUUUCCAGAAAUUUCGCAUACUAUGAUUGUGCAAAACAUACGACAUGUGGAGAGUGUGUGAGAUCUAAAUGGGCGUGCAACUGGUGUGUUUAUGAAAAUAAAUGCACCCAUAAUAUUUCUAUUUGUCAGCGAAACAUCAUCAGUGGGGAAAAUAAUCCAGCACAUUUACCAAUGCAUGGAUUUGCCUUUUGUCCACAAUUUAAAAGAAGAAAUGAUGCAAUAUUAUUACCCAACAAUGUCCUGAAGGAAAUUACUUUCGAGGUUAUGAAUUUACCAAAUCCGUCUUCAGUUCAUACUGGUUUUCAAUGUAUUAUUGUGAUUGAAGGUGCUACAAUGCUUGUACCUGCAAAAGUCGAAAGCAAAAAUAUCAUCGUAUGUGAUAAAACAACUUAUUCAUAUGAAGCUAAUGAAGGGGAGUAUGAAGCUAGUGUGAAGGUAGUUUGGAACAGAAACCAUCAUGUGGAUUCUAUCAAUGUUACCCUGUAUAAAUGUGACAUUUUGGGUUCUCAUAGGGAACAUGCGGACUGUUCUCUGUGUGUUACUCGAAACUCGAAAUAUAAUUGCACAUGGUGCAGUAAUUCCUGCCAAUAUUCAGAAUCAUGUCAGUUCACCCCACACAUUGAGUGUCCCCGACCAAGGAUUGACAUGAUCAAACCAUUAAGUGGUCCCAUCGAAGGGGGUACUUUAGUCACCAUUGAGGGUAGUAACCUUGGAUUGAAAAAAGAGGACGUACAAGGAAAAAUCAAAAUCGGACAGGUUCCCUGUGUAUUAGUAAAUUAUGAAGUGUCUGUAAGGAUACAAUGUAUUACCGGACCUUCCAGAGUGGAAAUGACAGCUCCUGUUAAGGUAGGCAAUGAGGCAGGCUACACAAAAUCUUCAGUAGAAUUUAGUUAUAAGGAUAUUAGGCUCUCUGGAAUAUAUCCUUCCAUUGGACCACAAUCUGGGGGCACUCAACUAGCAAUAACUGGAGAAUAUCUGAAUGUUGGAUCUGAAAUAACAGCUUAUUUAGAUAGGUACAUAUGCCAAGUGAAUUUAACCCAGGCGUCAAGUGGAAGAUUAACCUGCAUAACCUCGAGAGCAUAUGGGCCAGUUAAUAUUGCCAGACUAACCUUGAGUAUAGAUGGUGCUAAUCGAACUUUGGAAGGUAACCCUUUUAAUUAUACCCAAGAUCCAACGAUAAUGGAAAUCAAACCAUUAAAUAGUUUCGUUUCUGGUGGUAAAAUGAUAUUUGUACAUGGUACUAAUUUGGACAGCAUUCAAAAACCUGAAAUGGAAGUUUAUGCUUUAGGGGAACCUGAAGUACCCAUCAAUCGAACUUUAUGUACUGUUUUGAGUUCUACUCAAAUGGAAUGCCCUAGUCCACCUGUUAAUCGCCAGUUCCAAAUUUAUAGCAGUAGGAGUCGCAGAUCCCUUAGGAAACCUGCUGCUAUAAAGAGAAAGGAACCUAAGUUGACUCUUCGCAUAGGAUUUUUAAUGGAUAAUGUUCAGUCUGUGAGAGACUUGGAAAAACAUUUUCCAAAUCUUCGAUCUCAACUAUUGUAUGUGGAAGAUCCGAAAUUUUUCCAGUUUCCUGAUCAAAUGAAACUAUAUCAGGGAGAUAGACUGGUUAUAGAAGGUGAUAAUCUCAAUGCAGCUAGUGAAGAAUCUGAUGUUGUUGUUACGAUUGGAACAAAAUCUUGUAAUGUCACUGGUCUAGCGAUGAUUCAACUUGUGUGUGUUCCACCUGACCAACAACCAUCAGGUACAGAUGAAAAUGGUUUCAAGACUGACAACAACCUUCCAUUAGUCGUAGUUAGAGUAGGGAAAAGUUUAAGGUUUCCAAUUGGGCAUCUUCAAUAUGACCUUUUCAGGUCAUUUGCCUUUCCACCAGAGGCAAUCAUAAUGAUAGCGGUUGGAACAAUAUUAUUUGUUUUAUUUUUUGUGGCCGUACUUUUUGUUUACCGAAGAAAAUCAACUCAAGCUGAAAGGGAAUAUAAAAGAAUUCAAAUACAAAUGGAUACUUUAGAAAGUAAUGUAAGAUCUGAAUGUAAAUUAGCGUUUGCCGAACUUCAAACCGAUAUGACUGAUCUCACUGCCGAUUUAGAAAAUUCUGGGAUACCUACUUUAGAUCAUACCAGCUAUAUUAUGAAAGUAUUUUUUCCUGGUGUUAGUGAUCACCCUAUAUUAAAUGCCCCUAAGGUGCGAUUAAAUGGUCCAAGAACCAAUUAUGAUACAGCAAUGUUGCAAUUCGAGCAGCUGAUUAAUACCAAACAUUUUGUACUCACAUUUAUAGAUAUUUUGGAAUCUCAAAAAUCUUUUAAUAUUAGGAAUAAAGUAAAUGUAGCGUCCUUAUUAAUGGUAGUUUUAAUGGGCAAAAUGGAAUAUGCAACUGAUAUACUCAAGAGUUUAUUACUACGUUUAAUAGACAAGUCUGUAAAUACCAAACAUCCACAAUUAAUGUUAAGAAGAACUGAGAGUGUUGUAGAGAAAAUGUUAACAAAUUGGAUGGCUCUUUGCAUGUAUCAUUAUCUCAAGGAAUAUGCUGGUUCCUCGCUGUUUUUAUUGUUCAAAGCUAUCAAACAUCAAAUAGAAAAGGGACUGGUUGACGCCAUAACUCAUGAUGCUAGGUACUCCUUAUCUGAAGAAAGACUUCUUAGAGAAAAUGUCGAGUACAGCGUUGUGACUCUUCAUAUUGUGCAAGACGACUUGGAUGAAAAAAUACAAUGCAAAGUUUUGGACUGUGAUACUAUCAGUCAAGUGAAAUCUAAGAUUUUAGAUGCUCUCUUCAAAAAUACCCCGUUUUCACUGAGGCCGUCCAUUUAUGAAGUCGAUUUGGAAUGGAGGCAUGGUCGGGGUGGUCACUUGACAUUACAAGACGAGGAUCUAACAACAAAAACUAUUUGCGGGUGGAAAAAACUCAACACAUUAGCACAUUACGGAGUCAAAGAAAGUGCUGUCAUGUCUCUGAUCUCCAGACAAAAUGAUAGUUUUAAUAACUGUAAACAACCAUGUCAUAAUUGUGUAACUGGCAUGUAUUUGAAUAACUCGCAAUCUCCAAUAAUAACUACAAACGGUGACAUUGAGGCGCCUAAUAACCUGAGAAUAUAUCACUUAGUGAAACCUAUAGACGAUCAUCAAUUUCUGAAUAAUAAAAUGAUAGAAAGGACUCAUAAAGCUAUUCCAGAAAUAUUUCUAACACGUUUAUUAUCCACAAAGGGCACAAUUCAAAAAUUUGUCGAUGAUUUCUUUAUGACAAUUCUGACAGUCAAUGAAGCAUUGCCUCCGGCAGUCAAGUGGUUAUUCGACUUACUAGAUGACGCUGCUAGAAAACAUGGCAUACAGGAUCCUGAAGUUGUGCACGCUUGGAAAUCCAAUAGUCUUCCUUUGAGAUUUUGGGUUAAUUUCAUAAAAAAUCCAGAUUUCAUUUUCGAUAUUAAUAAAACAUCGACUUUGGAUUCAUGCCUGUCCGUCAUUGCUCAGACCUUCAUGGAUUCCUGCUCUACAACAGAACAUCGCCUAGGAAAAGAUUCACCAUCAAAUAAACUUCUCUUUGCCAAGGAUAUACCAAGGUAUCGAGAAAUGGUGUCUCAAUUUUAUAGUGACGUAGCCAUGUUGCCCAUCAUAACAGAUCAAGAAAUGGGGUCUGCAAUGCAACAACUAUCUGCUCAACAAGCAGAAGAGUUUGAUACCGUAGCAGCUUUAAAAGAACUCUACAUAUAUGUAGCUAAAUAUAGAGAACCAAUUCUGGAAGCUCUUAGCACUGAUCCGCAUUGCCGACGUUUGCAUUUGGCACAAAAAGUUGAAGGUGUCGCUUAUACAUUAGGAGGGGAUGAGAAUACAACUUGCUGACCUCAACGGUCACCUGAUCCCUUGCUGCCUAGAACCUUGGCGCCCUGAUUCCAAGCGUAAUGUUCACACACAUGCUUUUCGCUAAUCUGAAAACUACAAGUCAAUUUCCAAAGGUUUGUGCUGCCGUCGUAAUUAAAAUGUUAAACAUAUUUAUUUUUUUAAGAGAGUUAUGAUGCUACAUGAUUCAGGUUACCUAAAAUUUAGAAAUUUCGAAUGUUUGCAAAGUUCCUCUAUAUUUAGUCAAGUUAGUUUUAUAUUAUUGUCUAUUCGAAAUACAUGUCACGUAUAUAUUUUGAAUGGAAAUUUGAGUUGAGCUUUGAACUGUACUUCUUAUCUGAGAUUGAAAAUAUAUUAUUUGUAUUAUCUGACUGCCAGUCAAUUAAUUGAUUCGAUAAUGAACAUUUCAUCCAGUUUUUCAUAGAUUUGUACAUAUCUUCAUCUGUCACAGCAUUAUGGCAUCUUAGGUAGGAAGUUAAGUUCUGCUGGAUCUCAGUUAUUUUUUGAAUCCAUCCGUUGAAUAUAUUUUUUUAAAGAUACUGUCAGAUUGUUGACUAGUAGCAUAAUAGUAUUGUUGUAUUUUCAUUGUUAUAUUGAAAGAAACUUCCUACAGAGAGAAAAGCAUGUUUGUGUUAUUGAGCGUGUUAUACUGUGAUAUGGCGCACGAUCAGGUGACUGUGAUUGGAUGCGUACUUACCCUCCAGCGGCUGCUAGUUUCCUUUCCGAGUGCCUCGCUACGCUGAUGGGACGUGACAAGGACAGUGUAUACUCGCAGUGGCGCAAUUACGGCGCACUUCUGUUCGGUCCGGUUAGCCUAGUUAAGUAGAAAUUAAUAUAC